AUCAAACAUCAAACAAUUAUCUUUCCAGUUAUCUCCUCAUAUAUAAAAUAUCAAAUUCAUAGAGAUAUGAUCUUCGGAUUCAAUUUUGUUUCCAUUUAUGCUCUUUAAAUAUAAGAAAAAUUAAUGAAAGAGGUUCUAAACAUCUUAAUAAAUAUUGUUUUUAAAUUGCAUUUUUUUUUUUCAGAAACUACAUGCAUCUUAAGAGAAUAAUAUUACAAUUCAUAACCCGUUUAACUUUAUUAAUAAUGUUCAUAUCCUUGUGCUAGAAAACCAAAAAAAAUCAAACACAUGUAUUUUUUUUUUUCUUUUUAUGUCUGAAAUCAUCUAUGAAAACCGUUUUCUUCCAACAUCUUAAGAGUCUCAUACUCUAAUUUCUUUGUUUUUUAUAUAUAACAUUUCAUAGUCUAUUUUCUUUGUUGUUUAUAUAUAACAAAUAGGAUUUCAUUAACGCUAAGGAAGGAAUUGUACAAUUGAAGCCUUUCUCUUUGAUGCUUUUCUCAUGAAGAAUGCAAUUAUGCAAAAAAGGUAUCUUUCUAUGCUACAAUCCCGUUAUACACAUGUCAAGUAAAUAAGCAUACCACAUUCCAACAUUGUUUGACCCGACCCAUUUACUUCUUCCCGUUAAGAUCAUACUUUCAAACCGAUAACAAAGUACAAUUUUGAACAAUUUAUCACUCGUUUCUUUCAGACGCAUGCAAUAGACGUACUAUUCGAGUGUUUCUUGCUCUGUUUGCUUCCUUCGUCUUCUCUUUUUCAUCUUUCUCUCUUCUAUUUUAGAGAAAGAGACACGAAGCUUUUACUUUUAAAAGUUCCAACUUUUCAAAACCCUUUACACUAAACAUGUGAUCAAUCACCUUCCAUAUGAAUCGAUAACGAAAAAGAUUCCUUUUACAAGAUACCCAUUUUGACAAGACACCCAAAAAGGUGAAAUUUUUAUGUUGGGAGUUCAAUUUUGAUUCUUUAAAGUAUAUAUCGAUCGAUACAUAGAGGAAACGAUUGUGAUUGUGAAGUCGUUCGUGUGUCUAAAGGUUUUAGUUUCUUGCUCAAAUCGAAAUUCGAAAACCAAAUUGUUAAUUUAGGUUUUGGAUAUUCUCUCAUAUUCUCUCCAUUUUUUUACAUAAAAAUGGGGGGAAUGUCGUCUGAUAAUAUACAUGGACUCGUAUUAGCUAUUUCUUCAAGUUUAUUUAUUGGAUCUAGCUUUAUUAUUAAGAAAAAAGGUCUCAUGAAAGCUGGUGCUACUGGAAUUAGAGCAGGUGAAGGAGGCUACACAUACUUGAAGGAGCCAUGGUGGUGGGCUGGGAUGGUGAGCAUGAUUAUAGGUGAGGUAGCAAAUUUCGCUGCCUAUGCAUAUGCUCCAGCAAUUCUCGUAACCCCAUUAGGAGCUCUAAGUAUGAUCAUAAGUGCAGUGUUAGCCCAUUACUUUUUGGAUGAAAGGUUGCAUAUUUUUGGUGUAGUCGGGUGUGCAUUAUGUUUAGUGGGUUCAACCGUAAUUGUCUUGCAUGCCCCACAAGAGACCCAAGUUGACUCGGUUAAACAAGUCUGGUUCUUUGCAACCGAGCCAAGAUUCCUGGUGUAUGCCGUUCUUGUUUUGGUUUUUGUUGGCGUACUUAUUUACCGUUAUGUGCCGUUAUACGGUGGGACCCAUUUGGUCAUAUAUGUCGGGAUUUGCUCUCUCAUGGGCUCCCUCACGGUUAUGUGUGUGAAAGCAGUGGGAAUCGCUAUGAAGCUAUCAUUUUCUGGAAGUAACCAAUUUAUAUACUUCCAAACAUGGAUUUUCACCUUGCUACUAUUCGUAUUCUGUCUCACACAACUCAACUACUUGAACAAGGCACUAGAUACCUUCAAUACUGCUGUCAUUUCGCCUGUAUAUUAUGUCAUGUUUACAAGCCUCACCAUUUUAGCCAGUAUGAUCAUGUUCAAGAAUUGGAAUCAUCAAAAUGCGACACAAAUUGUGACAGAAUUGUCUGGUUUUGUGACGAUUUUUUCGGGAACUUUUCUUCUUCAUAAAACAAAGGAUAUGGGAACUCCAGUGGUGGUGGAAUCACCUAAGCUUUCACAUUCUGUAACUAGAAGCACAAAUGAAAGCCCCAGGCGGCCGGAGGUGUGAAUUCUCACCGGUUGUUAGCGGUGGUGAUGGUUGCCGGAAAGUUAACCUCCGGUGGCCGGAAUUCUGACAUGUUAGAUUGUUAGCGGUUGUGGUGGAUUAGAGGCAUAUGGUAUCAAGAUGCUGUGAGAAAUCAGAAACAUGAGAGAUCUGUUCAGGAAUUUAGCGAUAUUUUCUUACAUUUUUAUUGGUUAUUUUGAUUAUUUUUUUGUGGUUUAUGAUGUUUAUAUUGUGGCGAAUUUGUAGGUCUAACUUUUCAAAUUUUUGAUAUUUGAUUUAACAGAUCGAUCUUGUUAGUUUUCAAAUAAUAUACUAAUAGUUUUCAUCUAUAUUUGAAGUUAAGAAAGGUACGACAUUAGAAAUCAAUUGUGAAAGGUUGGUUUUUUAAUAAAGAAAAGUUACAUUUUCUGUAUAUAAUUCAAACGAAUUUUGGAUAAAAG